CCAUAAAGCACAAGACAGUAGUCGGCACGCGUCUGACAAAAGUACAAGAGUCAAUUGGUUUCAUUUUCUGUCUUUAUAUAGUUUAAAAUAUUGAACGAGGGUUUCAUUUUCAAAUUUUAACUUCAUAAAAACAGCUGACAGAAUAAAGCAAGACACAAUGAAUAGCAAAGAAUUACAGGCCCUAAAAAGAAAGGCCAGCAAACCUUUGACAGAGAAACGUCGGCGUGAGAGAAUUAAUAACAGACUUUCCGACCUGAAGACAUUAGUAUUACGUGGUACUAACAAGGAGGACAAUGUCAAGUUAGAGAAAGCCGAUAUAAUGGAAAUGACUGUUAGGUACAUUGAAGAUAUUCAGCAAAAACAAACAUCAGAAGGUCGUAACAGAACACAGCUGGUAAUGAACAGCUUUAUAAGGGGUUAUGCCACUUGUAUCAACGAUGUAUCUACUAGUCUGUCUGCCAAUCACAUCACCAAUGACGUCAGAUCUUCAGUAACCAAUCACCUAGCAACAAGUUAUAGCACCAUGACAACAGGACUACAGACACACGAGCCACAUGCCUCCAUUUAUAGUUCUGACCGAUUAGCCACAAGCACACCUUACAGUAAUUCACCAUCCAAAGAAAUCCACCCAUACCAGUUAUCACCAAUAAUUGACACAAAUUCACAGUACUCCUCAUCAUGUGACACCUUAAGCUGCAAUGAUUGGUCCUCUACAUAUUCAGCCUCACCUUCAGUUUCACCAACCUUGCAUUCACCUUCAGAUUCAGGAGUUGAUGGUUCAACUGGUGACAACUCUGUUUGGCGACCAUGGUAACAACAGCCAUUUUGUACAAGACAUAUUUGUAAUUAGACUUUUUUUUAAACAAAUUGGUGCAUGAUGAUUUAUUUGUA